ACUCGUUAGGGAAGGGCCCAAGAGGUUGGGAUCAAGACCAAGCAGUCUCAACAGUCGCAGCAAUGGCUUCCACACAGACUGAACACUCAACGACAGGCACUUUGCCUCCGCCACAAACUCCGAUUCCAUUUACAUUCGCCAAUGGCCAACGCACCCCGCUAUCUUCUAUCCUUCCUCCCCUGGUUUUUGGUACUGCGACCUUCAACCACCAAUACAACAAUGAUCCCUUUGCGCUUGAUACUGUUGGCUUGGUGAACUCGGCACUCACACAUGGCAUCCGCGCUUUCGACACCUCACCGUACUAUGGGCCCUCGGAACAACUACUCGGGGAUGCGCUCGCGACGCCGUCCGUGAAGGAGGCUUUCCCAAGGAACUCGUACAUGAUCUUGACCAAGGUGGGACGAGUAGGAGGGGCGGAAUUUGAUUACAGCAAGGAAUGGGUGCGGCAAAGUAUAAAACGGAGCCUGGAGAGGCUGCAUACAGACUAUCUUGAUUUGGUGUACUGCCACGACGUCGAGUUCGUGAGCCCCGCUGAAGUGCUCGAGGCAGUCAGGGAGCUGCGCAGAAUACGAGACGAGGAAGGCACCAUCCGCUAUGUUGGCAUCUCGGGAUUUCCAAUCGACGUCCUCGGCGACAUGGCGGAAAUGAUUCUACGCGAGACUGGCGAGCCCCUCAACGCCGUGCAAUCGUACGCCAACUUCACCCUGCAGAACCAGACACUCGCUGGUCCCCGUGGCGUACAACGUCUCCGUAAUGCAGGCGUUGAUGUUGUGCCCAACGCGUCUAUCCUAGGCAUGGGCCUCCUCCGUCGACAAGGCGUCCCCGUCGGCGCUCUAGGCGACUUCCACCCCGCACCCUCGGAUCUACGGGCUGCUGUACGCAAAGCGAGUGAUCUCUGCGAUGCUCACGGUGAACGCAUCGAAGUCAUCGCCAUCCGCUUCGCCCUCGAAGCCUGGAUAAAAGCAGGCGCAUUGUGUGGCUCAAAGGGCGAUCCGGCCUCCGGUGUCACUUGGAAACAUGAAUCCAUCGACGAAGUUGGUGGUACGAAAAUCGGCGUCUCGGUCAUCGGUGUGUCGCGCGCGCUUGAGCUCGAGAAGACGAUGCUGGUCUGGCGAUCUAUAGUCGAUGGACUGGAGGGGGGUGAGGACACGGCUGUACAGGCUGGAAGGUGGCAUCGCGCGUGGGAGUGGAGUAGGAAUCGUAGGCUGGCUGUGCAGAUUCUUGCAGAAGGAGUGCAGGACAUCUUGGGCGAGUGGUUUGACUUUGCGUGGCCGAGCCCGGAUCCGGGGUUCGUGAAUCAGAGGAAGAAGGACACGACAGUGGCGUAGGGGGGUGAGACGAGUAGUUGUAAUGGGAUCUUGCCCUCAAAAAUAGAGUUUAGAAUACAGUCGUGCGCUUAACAAGGCAAGUAUUUGAUGUCACUCAGGUGUUUCCCGCCAUCAUGUAUGGUGUCCACGCUCAGCGACUUGAAUGGCCUACACGCUCAUCAACAGAUCAGAUCUCCAGACAAACGACCACAGCGCUAUGACGCUUAGUAACAGUAGUAUUUAUGAAGCACCUC